UUCUUACUCUCGCUGGGCUGUGCGACGGGGUUACCCAGUAACGUUAUGUAAACGAGAUCUUAGUUAUGGCGUCACUUAGCAGCAGCUGUCUGUAUCUAUGUUGCUAACAGGAAUAGCUGAAGUUGGGGUUAUCUAUGGACAGCUUGGUACAACAAUUUAAUGCGUCUGAUUGAUCAUGGGAGAUAUACUGGCCUAUGAAGCUGAGCUCCUCGGGCUUAUUAAAGAGUAUUUGAACUUUGUGGAAUUUGAAGAAACUGCAAAACAGUUUGAAAGAGAAUGUAAAAGCAAAGGCAAGCCCCUUCCUAAGGCAGCAGGAAAUGCCCUGAGGGACUCCAAGACUUUAUUGAUUCAGAAAGACCUGUUGACAGCAUUUGAAGAUGGUGAGUGGAAAGACUUCUUUGAGCUGUGGGAGGAACAUAUCUCUUCUUCUGUACGAGAUGAGCCUAUUGUCCAGAAACUUGUUUAUUUACAUAUACACUUUGCGAUUUUUCCUUUGAAGCAUCCAGUGGGAAAAAUGGACAGAGCUGAAUUUGAUGAAAGAAUGACAAAUUUUAAGACAUAUUUGGAGACCAGAGGAGCAGCCCUGAGCCAGACCACGGAAUUCCUGCCAUUCUAUGCUCUUCCUUUUGUACCCAAUCCCAUGGUUCAUCCAUCUUUCAAAGAACUUUUUCAGAAUUGUUGGGCUCCAGAAUUAAGGACAAGGCUUGAAAAAUUCCUCUCAUCCACUUUGAAAGCUAGCACUACUCCAAGGCUUCUCUCCUUUUAUAGGGAGAAUGGUCAAGGAAGCAAAGAAACAGUACACCAGUUACAUCAGCAAUUGAUAGAAGCAGAACGUCGAGCUACAACCUAUAUGAAACGGUACACUAAGAUGCAGGCCGACUAUCACAACCUCAUUGGGGUCACUGCAGACCUGGUUGACUCCCUUGAGGCUACUGUCCAUGGUAAAAUGAUUACACCCGAGUAUCUACAGAGUGUCUGUGUCCGACUGUUCAGCAAUCAGAUGAGACAGAGUAUUGCGCAUAGCAUUGACUUUACAAGACCUGGAACUGAAUGUUGGCCUUUGCCCCCUUUUGCUGAUGGAUAUGCCUCAUCCAUGUUGAGAGCUUCCAUUGCACCAGUGAAGAGUAAAGAGGUUCCUUUGUUGCCAUCACUGGAAUAUGAGAAGCUGAAGAAAGAUCUUCUCUUUGGCACUGAUCGUUUGAAAGCCUUCCUCUUACAGGCAUUGCGCUGGAGGCUGACUAAAUCUCACCCUGGUGAGCAGCGGGAAACAGUACUACAGGCAUAUAUCAGUAAUGACUUACUGGACUGCCAUAGCCAUAACCAGAGGAAUGUGUUCAUGUUGUUGAAAGCGAAAAGCGAGGUGGUCCGUCAGUACACAGCCCGGCUUAUCAAUGCCUUUGCAUCAUUAGGGGAAGGUCGACAGUAUCUUUCGCAAAAUUCCAAGCUGCUGAAAAUUUUAGAGGAUACCCUGAAAGCUGAAGAAAGAGAUUCAAUUACAAGGGAGAAUGUUUUGGGGGCCCUGCAGAAGCUGAGCCUCAGGCGUGCCUUGCAGUCUUCUAUGAUUAAAAAUGGGAUUAUUUUGUGGCUGAUAAAAGUUCUUGAGGAUGCUGACUCUUUAUCAGACUACACACUGGAGUAUUCAGUAGCCCUUCUCAUGAAUCUCUGCCUUCGGACUGCAGGCAAGCAGAUGUGCAGUAAGCAUGCGAAACAUGUGCUGAAGGUGUUGUCCAAUCUCCUUGGGCAUGAGAAUCAUGAGAUACGACCCUAUGUGAAUGGGGCUUUGUAUAGCAUCCUUGCUAUCCCAUCAAUCAGAGAGGAAGCUAGAGCAAUGGGUAUGGAAGAUAUACUACGGUGCUUUAUCAAGCAGGGGAAUGCUGAGAUGAACAGGCAGAUUGAAUUCAUCAUAAAACAGCUUACUUCAGAAGUACCAGAUGAUGGGAUAGAGUCUGAUGAUGAAGAGGAAGAAGAUGAUGAAGAAGAUCAGGAUGUGAUGGAGGCCGACUUAGAUAAGGAUGAAGUGUUACAGCCACAGUCGGGCGAACUCAUGGGAGAAAAGCUAUUAACAACAGAGUACUUAGGGAUAAUGACUAACACAAUGAAAGUGAAAAGGAAAAUGUUGCCAACUGUAAAUCAAAGCAUUGAUGAACCUCUUCAGAGACCUGUCACCCCAAGCACACAUCGUAUUGUACAUGUAGUGCAUGAAAGUGACAUGAGUUCUGUGCACUCUUCAGCCAGUCCCGAUAGAUUUAGCAAAGUAUUAUCAAGACAGAAUUCUCGACCACCUACCCGCAGUGGAAGUAGGCCCAACAGUGCAGAUGGACAGAUAUCCUUGUCCUCAUUUGAAGUAAACACCUCCACGACAUUGUCUCCAUUCCUCCGGGCAGAGCACCAUGUUACUGAAACCACAGAACCGCAGUCUGUUCGAUCUCCUGAUCGGAUGCCAGAAAAGAGCAGUGACUAUGCUGCCUUCACCAGCAGACCUAAGAUUCCCAGAACCCCAGAUGUUCCGAAUACAAGUCCUCGUAAGGUGAAGACACCAACAAUCGCACCCCAGUUCUCACAGUCUGGUCCUCAGCAGACAAGUCGCCCCAACUCAGCAGGAUCAUCAUCAUCAUCUGGAAAGAGUAGGCAAAGCAGCCAGUCUUACAGGAAGUGAAAAAGAAUAUUUGUCAUUUGUGACCUGUCGGAACCUACAAUGCUGUCACUAACCACCUGUAACAAAAACUCAGCAGAACAGCCAAGAUAAGGGAUGCUAGAUAUAAUUUAUGAAUCAUACGCUUUUUCAUGGAAAAGGAACUGUGGUACUAAAGUGUAGUUUUGAACACCAUCUGAAACUACUGUAAUUGGAACUUUUCUCAAGCAUCAUCCCUUCCUAUUUUAAGUGCAACACAAGUCAACAUACCAGAACUGUUGCCAUCAUUGAGCACCUAUUCUGAAAGGAGGUCCAUAAGUCUACCUAAUAAUUUUGUUUGCUGUAACCAAGUUGUGAACAAUAAAAUGAGUGAUAUGAAA